AUGACGCCCGAGGCAGUUUUGGCAGGUGUAACGCUGCUCAUCAUGGCAGUGGCCGUCUUUAUUUAUAUCAUCAUCAUGGGGCCCUCGCGCUACCAUCGCGACGGCGUGGUUGGACGCCUGUACCUGCGCCUGAUGGACUGCCCGACAGUCUGCUGCGGCUGUUUCUGCAGCAUCUUUUUCGGCUGCAGCUACAGGCGCGGGCGACAGAAGUGGACGCGCUGCGUCGACCAUACGUUGCGGGAGCGGAACUGGUUUAUGGUAGUCUUCUACAUUCUGCUGGUGUGGUCCGUGGAGUUUAUCUACCUAUUCGUGGUCCUUCCAGAGCUGCAGGCAGCGCUGUGGUCAAAAAUUGUGUCCUGCGGCCUUGUGAUGUUCUCCGAGGGCUCGUACGUCUUGGCCGUGUUUAGCGACCCCGGCAUCGUCACCUCACGCGAGGCGGCGGCGGUGCAACGAAACGCCUUUGCGGCGCAUGCAAGGACCACAGAGAAAAGGCGGCAAAAACAGCAGGGUGGGGGAGGUGCCACCUGCGUCGGUGGCGAGACCAGUAAGCAGCAUGGCGCGAACAAAAAUAGUGUGGGUGUUGCGUGGAACCAGGCGCAGUUCUGGCGGAGGCGGGAAGAGGCCGAGGCGCUGCAGAACAGUAAGUACGUCCUGGACGGUAUUCUCUACUCUGUGGACGGUAGAAGUGUAGCGGGGAACACUGCCGGCGGACCCUCGCCGAGGGCGGUCACAGCGACGACGACAUUUUUCACCGGAAUGGAGUGCACCACGUGCCACGUGCCCCGCCCCAGUCGUAGCAAACACUGCCGGUUGUGUAACUUCUGCGUGCGCCGCUACGACCACCAUUGUCCGUGGAUUAACAACGACGUCGCCGAGGGGACGCAUCGCUGGUUUUUACUUUUUAUUAUGUGCCAUGCGGUUUCUUGUUUUUGGGGCGCUUGGGACCUGUACAGCAUCAUGAAGGCAUUUUUGAUUCAAAACAACGCGUGGGGGUGGACCCUACGCCUCUACGACGGCCGCCAGUACCCGCUGCGCCUGGACCACUACCUGGCCAUCCUUGCGACGCACCAAACUCUCACCGUCUGCCUUUUUUUGUUUUCCGUGCUAAUUGGGCUUCUGCUGUGGGUGUUUUGGUGCUAUCAGAUGUCUUUUGUCUUUGCCAACCUUACGCUGAACGACAUGGGGAAGAUUGACGACGCCGUUGAGUGUAUCGUCUCGCUGCCGUCGCUGGAUGCAGUGUACAAAAUGGCGCUAGACGUGCGGCAUCGUCUGGAGAUUGUGGCGGCGCGGCCCCCCCGCAAACUGCGGCAACUUGAGGGGCCCCCGCCGGGUGUUGUGCUGGGGAGCCGUGGCGAUAGGUCGUACAGGAAGCGGGUGCGAACGAUGCUGUACAGUGACCUCAAGGGCCUCUUUGACCGUGGGCUGUGGGGCAACGUGAUGGAGGUGUUUUUCCCCUACAGCGCUGCGGGCUGCCCCCCGCGACGGAGGACGGACAGGCGGUGA